UGCCAGCAAGAUGGAUCUCCUGUGGACCCCGCUCUCCCUUUUAUUCCUCUUGCUUGGGGGAUCCGCCUUAGUGAGGACCCAGGAGCAGUCCAGCUGCACAGAACCCAGGGAACUACAAGCCAGCAAAGUUAUCCUCCUGCCCAGUUGUUCUGGAGCCCCAGGAAGUCCUGGGGCGAAGGGAGCUCCAGGUCCCCAAGGGCCACCUGGACCACCAGGCAAGAUGGGUCCCAAGGGAGAUCCUGGAGAACCUGUGUUCAAGUGCCAGGAGGGCCCUAGGAAGUGUCAGGAGCUUCUGAGCCAAGGUGCCACCUUGAGUGGCUGGUACCACCUGUGCCUGCCGGAAGGCAGAGUCCUCUCAGUCUUCUGCGACAUGGACACCGCAGGGGGUGGCUGGCUGGUGUUCCAGAGGCGACAGGACGGCUCUGUGGACUUCUUCCGCUCUUGGUCUUCCUAUAAAGCAGGAUUCGGGAGCCAAGAGUCAGAGUUCUGGCUGGGGAAUGAGAAUCUGUACCAGCUUACUCUUCAGGGUACCUGGGAGCUGCGGGUGGAGCUGGAAGACUUUGAGGGCAACCAUACCUUUGCCCAGUACUCGACCUUCCGCCUCCUGGGAGAAGCAGACCACUACCAGCUAGUGCUGGGCAACUUUUUAGGGGGCACAGCAGGAGACUCACUGAGCUUACAUGGAGGGAAGCCCUUUACCACAAAGGAUGUUGACCAUGACACCAGCAGCGGCAACUGUGCUAAGAUUGUUCAUGGUGCCUGGUGGUAUGCAGCCUGCUAUAAGUCCAACCUCAAUGGGCGCUACGCAGUGUCCAAGGCCACCGCCUACGCAUAUGGCAUUGACUGGGCUACAGGGCUUGGCGUGGGCCACCCUUACCGCAAGGUUCGCAUGAUGAUCCGCUAAGGGCCCCUGGCAGCUGGCACGCUUAUCUCUCCUGCACAGUUUCUGAGCCAUCCGCAACUCACCCUCUGCAUUCCUGUUCAUGUUUAAAAAUAAAAUCAUCUUAACCCU